GCGGCGUUUGUCGGCUCGGGAUGGGUCCAGGAUGUUGCUCCUUCUUCUUUUGUUGGGGUCUGGGCAGGGGCCACGGCAAGUCAGGGCGGGUCAAACGUUCGAGUACUUGAAACGGGAGCACUCGCUGUCGAAGCCCUACCAGGGUGAGGCGCCGGGGGCGAGGUGGUCGUGCUUGGGGAGAGCUUCCGGACCUGAGCUUGUCCGUAGAGGCGGGGACAGUGAAAGGCUUCAUGGCCCCGACGAUGCUGCCGGCUGUGGGUGGGGGCACCGGGGGCUCUCGUUGUGUUUGGGAGCCACGGGUAAGAAGGGCAGGGGCCCGUUUACCCUCACCCUGACCCCGGAGUUAGCCCUGGGAGUUUCCAGCAGGUCGAAGCCGCACUCUCGGAUGCCGCUAGCGCCGGGUCUGGAGGAAGGGGAGCUUAGAGUUGAACAGGAGGAAUGUGGGAAGGGGAGAGCACUGCGACCGAUGGGAGUGAUUGAGGGCCACUAGCAAUGAGCCGGGCUCCGGAUGGAGCUGUGGAUGUGCUAGAAAUAAAGCAGGCGGCAGAGGUAGGGUAGAACUUGGCCGGACUGAGAAGAUAAAAUUCUGUUGUCAGUUAAGACACGUGUUCUUCUCCAGUCCAGGAGCCCUAUUGAUGAAAGAGGCUGGUUAGCUUUGCUCUGUUUAGUGUUCGUAGGCCGCUAGGCACAGCUUAUCAACCAGAAAAUUUACACAGUUAGCUACAAAGAAGACCAAAUCAGUGUAGAUGGCUUAAUCAACACAAGUCUGUUCCCCACUGGAAGAUAUGGGGACAGCAAACAAACAAAAACACAGAGUGCAAGAGUGUAUACACUGCUGCUAAGGGUGAUUAUUUACUUAGCAGAUGCAUCCAGUGCCUUCUCGUUGCUAAUACUGUGGGUUAUACAGACACAAAGUUCUCACUCUCAAGGGGCUGAUAGUCUGAAGUAAGGAGAAAAGUAGCUUCACUCUUGGGUUGUUCAAAGAAAGAAUGUGAUUAAGCCCCAGAGCCCCAAAGGGUCAAGCUCUUUUGGUAUAACUGGGGAAACUUUUUAUUUCAUGGUGCUAAAAUUUACUCACAUACAAAAUGGGGAAGAAUGGAUCUGAGCUGUGGCUACUGUGGCAUGGAUAAAGUGACAGCUCUGAUGUGCUCUGGGGUCUUCACCUGAGAAAGUCUUUGUGAAAGGAAACUGUAAAGAUGGUAAAGAGUUGAAAUGUUAUGAGUGACAGAAGGUGGGAGAUCGAGUGACAUGAAAGGAAAAAACGGUGAUGACUCCAGCUUUCGGAGGGUCCAUGGUGGCUUUCCGAACGUGUUGGUGUUGAAGAGAAUGAACUGAUCUACUUCCUCUCCGUAGGUGUAGGCACAAGCAGUUCCUCCCUGUGGAAUCUGAUGGGCAAUGCCAUGGUGAUGACCCAAUAUAUCCGCCUUACCCCAGAUAUGCAAAGUAAACAGGGUGCCCUGUGGAACCGGGUGCUACAUUGUCUUCCUUGAGGUAUGGCGGCGAGAAGUGAAUGCAGUAUUCCUGGUGUGGCUGCACUGUGAUUUGGUACAAGUCCAUGUUUCCUGAGAGACUGGGAGUUGCAGGUGCACUUCAAAAUCCACGGACAAGGGAAGAAGAACCUGCACGGGGACGGCUUGGCGAUCUGGUACACAAAGGAUCGGAUGCAGCCAGGGCCUGUGUUUGGAAACAUGGACAAAUUUGUGGGGCUGGGAGUAUUUGUAGACACGUAUCCCAAUGAGGAGAAGCAGCAAGAGGCCCAGAAGAGACGAUAUUCUCCCGGAGUCCAGCGGGUUUUCCCCUACAUCUCAGCCAUGGUGAACAAUGGCUCCCUCAGCUAUGAUCACGAGCGGGACGGGCGGCCUACAGAGCUGGGGGGCUGUACGGCCAUUGUCCGCAAUCUCCAUUAUGACACCUUCCUUGUGAUUCGCUAUGUCAAGAGGCAUUUGACGAUAAUGAUGGACAUCGAUGGCAAGCAUGAGUGGAGGGACUGCAUAGAGGUGCCCGGUGUCCGUCUGCCCCGGGGCUACUACUUCGGCACCUCCUCCAUCACUGGGGAUCUCUCAGACAACCAUGAUGUCAUUUCCCUGAAGUUGUUUGAGCUGACGGUGGAGAGAACCCCAGAAGAGGAGAAGCUGCAUCGAGAUGUGUUCCUGCCCUCAGUGGACAACAUGAAACUGCCCGAGAUGACAGCCCCGCUGCCGCCCCUGAGUGGCCUGGCCCUCUUUCUCAUCGUCUUUUUCUCUUUGGUGUUUUCCGUAUUUGCCAUUGUCAUUGGGCUCAUACUCUACAACAAAUGGCAGGACCAGAGCCGAAAGCGCUUCUACUGAGCCCUCCUGCGAUCACGACCUCUGUGACUGUCACCCAGGAGUAUGGGAGGAGCAGGCACUGGCCUGAGCACAUAGCCAGGCGGGUCUUCUCUCGUCUCCAGCAGCUGGCCAAGGACUCGGUUCUGUCACUGGAGCUUUGAGUGCAGGGACGCUGCGUUCCCAUGGUCACCCAUGAGGACGUCUAACUCUGGAUCAGGAAGCCCACCCCCCUGGGCAAUGCUGCUGUGAUGUGCCUUUCCCCGCAGUCCUGCCACUUGGGAGCGAAGAGGGAUGGAGAGAACAUAGGCUGUCAUGAUGCCAAAACCACCGGAAAGAGUGUCAUAGCCCAGGCUGCCUUGUUGUUGGGCUCAGAGGACCCUCGUACUUCAUUCUUAAAUCUGCAAAGACUAGAAAACUGAUAACUCCUCAUACCUUCCAGCCAUCUGUCCACUGGUUUUUGCUUUUUGUCUAAGCCUCUCUCCACCUGAGGAGCUUUCCUUGGAAAUCUGGAUGGAAACUUCUUCCCUGCCUUGCCUUCCUCCCCUCCAUUCAUUGUCCUCUGCAGAUGCAACCUGAGCUGGAAAAGACAUCUGGCUGCCUCUCUCUUGGGGCCUGGGGCUACACAACAAACUUGAGUUUCACUGACCCUCAUUAGGUGGCCGUAGGGAGGGGGCAUUCUCCUGGGGCUCACGGCUCUAGCCUUUGUUCUUGCGGGUGAUCUUGGUUCUGUUGGUGUGGUCAUGACCCUCCCAAAUUAGGUCCCUUUAGGCCCUCAGCCAGGUUUGGCUGAAAGCUGGUGUGCAGGUCAAGAGAAGCUUGGGAGACGUCACGGAUGCAGUGGGACUAACUGUGAAACUGACUGCUCCACUUUUUGACACCGAAAGCAACACCUGUCACGUGAUCUGACCACGUGGAGAUGUUUCUGGACUCUCUGGAGCCUGCUUAGCUGCAUGUCUUGUGUUCAUCAUAAUUUUUGGAAGCCUACUUAGAGUGUUCAAAAUGUAAGGAAACUUUGUUCUUAUAGCCUGAGCUUGGAUACUCCCCAAAGAGGAAACCUGGCUUCUCUUUCUUAAUGGAUAAGGAAUGGUGGUUGUAAAUCUGGAAGCAGUAGACCCCCGGCAUCUGUGCCUGGAAGAGUUCAUUGUCAUUUGAGCAGCCGAGCCUGAGUGUCCUCUGUGGGUCAGCCCUGAUUCCACUGCCUUACCUGACGAGGGGUCACGUGCUGCUCACCUGUCUGCCCUGUGAUUCCAUUGCUAACAGGCCGGAGGCUCCCUGGAGGGCUUGGACUCUGAGCUCUCCUAGCUCUGUGCUUCUGUAGCCUGAGGGAAAGUCUUAACAUGGCUGAUGGAAACCAAACGUGAACUUCUGAGUGGCC